CAACCCUAACCCACAGCAGCAUGUUUUACCAUCUAUCGUAUUAAUAUUUAUAACUAACCCCAAAAAAUAAAGAUAUAGUUAAACAUUUAUUACCAAUCAUAAUUUUCUAACUAUAACUGAUGAUAUUUUAAUUUAUAUUUUAUUAUACAUUGUUGUUUAAAUUAUAUAGGAGUUAUUGACUAUACCUUUAGACACCAUGAUGUUUUGAAUGUCUGUCUUGUUUAUUGAGGAAUGUUAUUUUAUGGCUGUUUAUAGUUUAUAGUUUUGUUAUUUAUGGUGACGAAAACUUAUAAGAGUGUAUAAGUGAAUUACAGUGACUAUGCGGCCACAAGCUGUGUUGGAUGAAGCCUCGGGUAACAUCUGGCCAGAGAACUUUAACUUAUCUGCUCACAAGACUUCAAUAAAACUUUCACCAGUGUUGGAAGUUCUUGGGACUGGCGGGCCACAGGCUGCGGCUCUGAGUUGUCACUGUACCUACCUGGCCACAGUCACACGUGGGGAAGAUGCCUCCAACAGACUCUUCAUUAUCAAUAUGGUUAACAAUAAAUUCUAUUUGCUGAAAAGAUUAGUAGAGCAAUGUACAGCUCUUACAUUCCACCCUUAUCAAGAAAACUCUCUCUUCGUGGCCACAGCCUCUUGUAAAGUGUACAACAUCAAUGUUGACGAUGGCAACGUGGUAGUGAUGGAAGGCCACAGAGUACCAGUCGAAGGAAUUCAAUCAGGGGCGCGCUCACCACUGGUCAUAACCCAUAACUCUAAGGAAGUGCUACUCUGGUCGUGGCCAUCAGUCGCCCUCAGCAGGAGGAUGAAACAUGAUGACAGAGUUGCUGUAGUUUGGGCAGGUCAUGUGUGGCAGAGGGAUGAGCUAGUGGUGAGCUUCAUCGAUGGCAGCGUCCUCAUGUGGGUCACUCACCAACGAAAUGUUCAGAUACACAUUGAAGCACCCAAGGGUAUCCACUUUGAUUUUGAAGCUUUUGCUCUAUCAAGGGGAGGAGAAUGGCUGGUGGGUGGAGGUAAGAGUCAUCUCCUGAUUACUUAUUCUCUCAUCAGUCAGUGUGUGGCUCAGGUGGUCCAGCUACCUACCUCCUGCACUGACAUAUUCCACCCUGUGUUCCUCCCUCCCAUACAUCCAAAGUUUAGCCAGGUCUUGGCUGUGCUAAACUCCACCGGUGUAUUAAACAUUAUAGAUUUUACCUCGGCCACAAAGCUCAAGACAAUAAGAUCCCAGAGAUUUAAUAUUGACUCGGUGAGUGUCAGUGAUGAUGGUAACUUCAUAGCGGUGACAUUUGCAAACAGCACUACAAAAGUUUACUCCGUCAGAGCCCUUUUUCCUGACGAUCCUAAAAACAUUACAGUUUCCCAGGUGGCCAAAGAAGAAGUAGCCUUUAGAAUUGUUGAAAAAAUGGAGAAGGAAUAUCGUGAAGAGGAAAUUAAAAGAGAAGAGAAGAAGGAAAGGUCUAAGGAAAUGCAGGAAAUUCUAGACAAGAAUAAGUGGUACCAGAUCCUGCAAGAGUUCAAAGGAUACCCAGAGAAAUAUAGAAACUUGAUAUGGAUAUCCAUGCUGGAAGUGCCACGCAACUACUCGGUCUUCAGCUCGUUACUCGACAAGGGAACUCACACAGCUUUUGAAGGAUUGCAGGAGGUUUUGCAGUUGUCUGAUGGAUCACUGCUGAAAACACUCCAAGGAACUCUCUCCUGUCUGGCUCACUGGGCGCCCUUUCUCGCCAAUGUGGAGUAUUUACCCGAGUUUGUGUUCCCGUUUGUCAAAGUUUUCCACAGUAACCCCCUCCUCUGUUUUGAAGUUACAGUUACGAUUAUUAUGAAUUGGUGUCGUUUGUGGUUCGAAUUUUGGCCCAAACCAGGAUUAACAGUCCUUAAUGUGAUUGAGCAAAUCAUAUGUGAGGUCAAUCCUACAUUAUUGGCUCAUCUUAUGAAGCUCAGAGUAACGGCUGAAGACUAUGCCUGGUCACUGCUUACCAAUGCAUUUUCUAAAGUUUUGUGCCCCGGUGACUGGCUGGUGCUGUGGGACCACAUUCUGUCAAACCCUCCCUCAUUCCUGCCAUGUGUUGCUGCAGGAUUUACACUUAAGUCCUGCCAAACACUUCUCACCUGCACUGAUGCUCAUGAAAUCAGGAUUUAUUAUAACCAGGAGUCUUGGGUACCUGUGAAGCCAUUGUUGAACAAAGCUUACUUCUUACACAGCCAGUUAAGUGAGACACACCUCCCUAAAAAAGCAUUUGGGACCUUUACACCACUGCCUCGGGGUGGUCUGCCUCUUUUCAGUAUUGGACCUAGAGAUGCUCGUGAGGAGGAGAAGAAGGACUUGGAAAAGCAGCUCCGUGAUUUAAAUUUACGCACCAAGUCUUCAAGUCUAUACUCAAGACCAGCUACAUCACGUGACCAGCAAGAAGACAUGGUAUAUGUGGUUGGCCAGAAAGAACUUCAGAAACAAGAGGAAGAGUGUUUGGAAAGUAUUGCAAAUCUUCGCAAGCGACAUCUUGCUGCUACACUGCCUGAUAGGAAAUCAUAAAUACUGAACCAUGGCUUCAACAGAUAAUUACCUCAGAAACAGCAGUCUUUAUAUUGUGCCUUACAUAACUAUUUGAAGAUUCCAUGUCUUAAACAAGGUAAAUGUCAUUCUUACCUGUUUAUAGCAGUGUUUGAUACGGAAAAUGAUCUUCACCAAAGUGCCAUGUACUGUACACACUGGUGGGUCCAGGUAUUUUCACUGGCGUGGAAGGACACUCACAGAUCCCGGUGGUAGGAAGAUGAUCAAUGAUGCCUAAUAUUCAAAGCCUCGUCAUAUAUUUUCUUUAAGGUAAAUGUUAUUAUAUAUAUAAAUGAUAUAUGGACAGCUGCCCCCCCUGUAUCUGCCCGACAUACACCUUUGGAAAUAACUACGGUACAGAUUUGACUUCAUGACACCUUGUAAUAUGUCACCUUAUUUUUGUAGUCAAUCAUGGGAAGAAAGUACAGGUACUGUACUGUACUGUACUUUAUGAAGGUAUACAAUGGCAUAUAUCAUAUUUUUUUUUUAUAAAUUCAUCAUAUCUACUGAUUGUUCUAUUAACUUAGUUAAGAAUGGAUAAUUGAUAAAUAUAUUUUUCCGUGCACAGUACUGUAAAGUACAAGAUAAUACAAUUGUGAAUGUCACGACAAAUUAUGAGGACUUGUUGCUUUAAUUAGAUUGAAAUUUUUGAAAGAAUAGAAUAUAUUCUUUUCAAAAAAUUAUAAUAAUGUCAGCUUUACUCUGUGAUAUGCUAAAAUUUGACCAGUUUUGUGUAUAUACAAUAAACUGUUACAUUUUA